GCAGUCACAAGACCGGGCUCGCGGAGGAGAGUGUGCUGAGAGACCGCAGGGCUGAUGGUCCACAUUUUAUGUUAUGUAGCGUCUCAGAGGCAGCAGUGGCGCCAUGGCCGCCGAGAGUCAACUCUUACGGGGCUUUUGGAGCGGAAGACGAGACGUUUUUCCUUGAUUUUCUCCCGGUUUUCACAGCGCAGGAAGGAGGCUGCAGUUAUAUCAGCGGGAGGCGCUGUCUGUGUGCGUGGCGGCUGUUGUCUGGUAGCUCCACCGCACAUCUCCAGCCCCGUUAGCGAGCUAGCAAGUCAACAUAGUGUGCUCGCGUCGACGCUGAGCUAGCAGGGCUGCUAGCUUGGCCGGUUUGUUCGGUGGGAGCUGGUGUCGUAGGUGAUGUUGUCCGUGCUGUCGUACGGUAGACUGGUUGCCAGAGCUGUCAUCGGAGGACUUUCUCAGACAGACAGCCGCGACUACAGUCUGGUGACGGCGAGCUGCGGCUUUGGGAAAGAUUUCCGCAGAGGCAUCCUGAAGAAAGGGAUGUGCUAUGGGGACGACGCGUGUUUCAUUGCCCGACACAGAUCCGCCGAUGUUUUGGGUGUGGCGGAUGGUGUAGGUGGUUGGAGGGACUAUGGCGUGGACCCGUCACAAUUUUCGGGUACACUGAUGAAGACGUGUGAGAGGUUAGUGAAGGAAGGACGCUUUGUACCCAGCAACCCUGUGGGAGUCCUCACGACCAGCUACUACGAGCUACUGCAGAACAAAGUGCCACUACUGGGAAGCAGCACGGCCUGCAUUGUGGUUUUGGACCGGCAGAGUCACCGACUGCACACAGCUAACCUGGGAGACUCGGGCUUCCUCGUGGUCCGGGGAGGGGAGGUGGUCCACCGCUCAGACGAGCAGCAGCACUACUUCAACACGCCCUUCCAGCUGUCUAUUGCUCCCCCAGGGGCUGAGGGGGCUGUCCUCAGUGACAGCCCUGACGCCGCAGACAGCACUUCCUUUGACGUGCAGCUCGGUGACAUCAUCCUCACUGCCACUGAUGGGCUCUUUGACAACAUGCCAGAUUACAUGAUACUGCAAGAGCUGAAGAAACUCAAGAACACAAACUAUGAGAGCAUUCAGCAGACUGCCCGCAGCAUUGCAGAGCAGGCUCACGUGUUGGCGUAUGACCCCAACUACAUGUCGCCUUUUGCACAGUUUGCCUGUGACAAUGGACUGAAUGUAAGAGGAGGAAAGCCAGAUGACAUCACGGUACUGCUGUCCAUAGUGGCUGAGUACACUGACUAGAGUCUCAUGGGGCAUCUAUGUGCCACUGCAGGUGAUGGACUGCUUUGAUUCCUGCUGGCCAGGAUGUACAACUGGUGUCUGCUUCCCCUACACCCAAAGGUUCUACUUUGCAUCACCCACCCCCACCCAACCCUAAUUAAAAUAAACAAACCAAAAAAAAAACCUCCCAACAUGCCCUUUUCUCUGUCAUGUACAUCAGACAGUGGCCAGAUAAAUCCAACUAAAGGCCAGACACCCUCUUGGCCAGGCUGCAGUGUUCCAGUGCUCACCAGAUAAUCCCAUUGGCUGGGAUCAGCAGUCAUUGGACAUGCUGGAGAUGAAGAUCCGGUCUGAUGAGGAUAAGUCAUCCUCUUCUCAUAGUUGCUGCAGGGAGGAAGUUGUGAUUCUGACCUACUCUUGGGCUACGUCAGCCCAAGAGUAGGUGUUAGUGUGUUAAUGUGGCUUAGUGCUGGCCAGCCGAACAGAACUGAACAGUCCAUCGGUGGUGUCAAGAAGGGAAGUGCACAAGAAAUGGCAGUAUUAAGGCUCAGUAAAUGGGACUGUCUUGUGCCAGCACAUAAUGUUACAGUGGUACUAAGGAAACCUUUAUGAAAGGGACUGGAAACUUGUUUGAGAGUGCAGGGAGCAUAUGCUUGAUAUGACUGAUAAGCUGUUCUGGGAUGUUAUGUUAAAUGUUUGCAAAAAAAAAGUGACAUUUAUAUGUUGGUGGUUUGUUUCUUGUGGCAGAAUAAUCCAACAAGAUUUCAUGAAGAGUGGCAGCUGCCUUUUCCAUACCUGUAUUGCACAUAUUUUGUUACUUAAGAGAAUUUUAUAACUGAAAAACCUCUCCAAAAAAAAAAAAUUAUAUACACACACAAGGUGUCAAACUGAUGUCCUCCCUUUAAUCUCACAGCUGCUGUUGCUGAAGUCUUGAUUGUGAUUAUGUGUGUAUGAAUGAAUGACUGAAUGCACGAGCUCCUCAGUGUGUCUAUUGAGUAAUGUGUCAAUGAAAUGGAUGUGAAGGCUAGAGACUUCUCCAUAUCCGCUGGUCUGAAUUGGUCUCGCAGCCUCAAACGCACAAAGCUUAAGGAGCAUAUCUGAAAAAGCUCAAUGCAGCGGAAGUUGGUCAGGUGACCAAAUGUAUUUUUGUAACCUCUUUGUUCCGUGGGAUUGUUCACUGUGUCAGAGUAGUUUUAAGAAACACUCGUUCACAAUCACAUUUGCUUUUUCUUGUCCCUCUCCCCUUGCUGUAGAGCUCCAGUGGCACAUUCAUAAGUCAAGUCACUGCAGGUUUCAUGAGAAAAAUGGUCAGUAUGUUUCCAUGCAUCACCGCAGAAAGAUUUCACAGUAAAAUCCACAUUUUGUGUAAUUAUACAAUGUGCCUUGUAUCAUGUGUCAUUGAUACUGGCAAAGAGUUCCUCAGCCUUCCCCCUGAAUAUGUGCCAGUAAUGAGCACAAAGCCUGAAACUGUUAAGUAGCCAUAAGAAUUGAAAAAAAGCUUACCCAUCAUGCCCUGCUGUCUUAACACAGUUGUUUUAACACCAGUCUAUUAUUUUUUUUUCCUUCCUCCUGAAAUCUGCCUCCUCUCUGCACUCAAUCAGGAAUAGUGUUAAAGCCAGCCCACGCUUAGAAAGUCCUUCCCAUGGAUCUUCAGAUCACUGUUUACAUUCUGCACUAAUCUAAAGGAUUGUUUCCUUAAUGUGUCUGACAAGUUCACACUGAAGACUGCAGUGUUGGGUGUCGUGCUGAAAUGGGACUGACGGGCAUGGAAGAAUAGAUUCAGGGCAGUGAGCAGUGAAGUGGUUAAAAUGUGAUUUUUAUUUUUUUAAGUGUUAUAGCACUGAGGACAAUCUAAGCAGCCUUAACAAAAUUACAAAGCACUUCUCCCAGUCAUUUGGCACUACCACUGUAAGCUCUGUGAUCCCCGCUUCCUGUUUCACACCUCCCUGGACUCUUUAUUUUCAUCCACCUCAUCUUUCUGUUUAAACCAGAGCAUGUCUAUGUGGAAGGAAAAAAACACUUUCACAUCUGUACAAUGUUUAAAUAAAGACUAUAGUAUUUAUUAA